GAAGAAACGAAAACCUACGGCGGGCGGUGCUUUCCAUUGUGACUGCGCGGUAGCAGUGGAGAUUUUUGUAUUUUUUGUAGUGGUAUGUUUUGAAAAGAUGAUUCCACAAUACACAGUCGGUCAACUGUAGCCAAACUACAAACAAAAGUCAUAAUCAGAAGUGAUGGAGGAUAUUCAGGAGAACUCCGCAGAGUCCAGCAGUCCUCUCUACAGUCCCAGGGUGGAGCCAGACACUCCUGACUAUUUAAAUAAUGCUUGUUUAUUGAACGAAAGUGAUUUCCUUUUGGAAGAACCUGGAGGUUCUAGUGAAUUGUCCUCUACUAUCGUCCCUGAGACACCUAGCCCGCUUACUUACAGAAGACGACGGUAUUCCCAAAAAGAUGUGAAUAUGAGUGCAGCUACUUCAACAGACUCAGAUAAAAAAUUGGAAUUCCGAGAAAACAUUCCAGGAUACCUCACCACAACUCCGAGUUCCCAAAGGACGCUCAAGCGCCGUAAGCUGGAUGACUCGGAUCCAAACACAAGCGCCUGUGGGAUCUCCAGCAGUAUACCGGAAGCAAACGGAUUUGUAACUGCAUCAUCUCUCUUACCCUCUGAAUUUUUAUGGUUGGAAUCUCCACGUCCAUCAGCAUCCUCAUUUUCCCCAGCUUUUUCAUCCGUCAAACCCUCUUCCUCUGCUGGGUCUUCUACAUGUGCACUUGGUCAACCUAGCACUAGUGAUCAGACGUGUUUAAAUGGAUCGUUAACAAGAGGUCGCACUUCUAAGCAAAAGACACAAAGCACAAACACUGGUAGAAAAAAGACUAACAAUAUCAAAACUCGAUCCAGAACCUCUAAAAAUGCACCGGAGGAGACCAAAACAGACUUUCCUAUGCAUGGAAUACAGGAUGAAGGUUUACAGCUUGAUCCAGAGAGGCUGUGUGGACCAUCAAAUGCAUUCACAUAUCACAUACCAGAAGAUAUUGUCGUCAUAGAGGAUGAUGCUGAUGAUGAUGAUGCAUCCGAGAGGAUGGUUCGUUCUGUCCAGAUGGCUGAAGAUGAGGCCUACGCCAGAAGCCUUCAGGAACAGUUUAAUAUAGAGCAACGCAUGGAGCAAGAGCAGCGAAGACAACAGAGCAGACCACCAAACAGAAAUCAUCACAGUGCCAUGGUUGAUCCGUAUGUCGGCCUGGGAUGGAUCCCUCCUUGGGCCUCCAUGAUCAACUCUGCAUCAUUCUCACACGGAGCGCCUGAUUUCCAACAUAUCAUGUUUGGAGAGCCACCUCACAGACAACAAGGACAGCGUCAGACUGGCAGAGGUCGCAAUUCCCGGCGCAGACCAACUUCUAACUUGCAAAUGGAUGUAUUUGAUGACAGUCAGGGAAAUAAUUAUGAGGCUCUUUUAGCAUUUGAAGAGCAACAGGGUUCUGUGGUAGCCAAGAACACUUUAAGCAAAGCAGAGAUCGAAAGGCUGCCCAUAAAAGCGUACGAUCCAGCACACAGCGCAGGAAAGACUGAUUGCCAGAUUUGUUUCUGCGAGUACAAGAAGGGUGAGCGGCUCAGAAUGCUUCCUUGUCUCCAUGACUAUCAUGUGAAGUGUAUUGACCGCUGGUUAAAGGAGAAUGCCACCUGCCCUAUCUGCAGAGCAGAUAUAACAACAUGUGGGGAUUUUUCUUAAGGAUGCAUUUGGGAACAUCAGGAUUUAGUAUCUACCUCAGUGCUGGUCAUGGGAUCUUCUGUCUGACUUUUAACGUUACUGUUAAGUCUUAUUUUGAUUGUUAUUAAACACUUUUUAAAUGCAUUGUCCAAAGGUUAAACCAGAGAAAGUCACUGCCAUGCAACUGGAUUUUUUAUUUAAAAUGAUUUUUUUUAAAACAUAUCAUUCACUUCAGUGAAAACAAACCUGUUAACGGCAAUAAAACUACUUGGUCUGCAUUUUUAAAACAUUUUUGUUCUGUUUUUCAAAUAAACUCAAUUUAUAUCAUU